CUUCAUAACUUGUAUUGUUGGUAAAGGUUAAAGUUGAUAAAGUUGGAUUGUUGGUUGGGAAAGAUGGCAAUAGGGAUGUCAUAAGGCAUAAGCUCCGAAGUGAAAUCUGAUGCGCUUUUGUCCAUUCCACUGGGAAUCUCCCUAUCCAUACUUCUCCCACUGCGUUUCCAAUGUCUUCUUACCUUCAAUUCCAACUCCCUCUUCCUCUUCUGCGUCACCGCCCCAUUCAAUGCGCUUCCGACCGCCAGGCAUUGUUCAACCGUAUUGCGCCUGUUUAUGAUACUUUGAAUGACUUCCUCAGCUUGGGCCAGCAUCGUAUUUGGAAACGGAUGGCCGUCUCCUGGACCUGUGCAAAGCCAGGAGACUGCGUCUUGGACAUAUGCUGUGGAAGCGGCGAUUUGGCCUUCCUUUUAUCUCAGAAAGUUGGAUCCACCGGCAAGGUGACGGGUCUUGAUUUCUCAUGGGAGCAGCUAAGUAUUGCUUCUUCGCGCCAACGUUCCCUCUCCAAACCCUGCUAUGAGAACAUUGAGUGGGUGGAGGGUGAUGCACUCAAUUUGCCAUUUCCUGACUGCUCUUUUGAUGCCAUUACAAUGGGCUAUGGCCUACGAAAUGUGGUGGAUAAACGGAAAGCACUAGGGGAAAUACUUAGAGUACUCAAAGAAGGUAGUAAGGCAUCAAUUCUCGAUUUUAACAAGACUACACAACCCACUAUUGCUGCUAUUCAGGAAUGGAUGAUCAACAACAUUGUUGUCCCUGUGGCAUCUAGUUAUGGCCUUGCUGAUGAUUAUAGAUAUUUGUCUAAAUCCAUCAGUGAAUUUUCAACAGGCAGACUCUCUCUCUAGACAGGAAAGGAAUUGGAAGAACUUGCUUUAGAAGUAGGGUUCUCGACCUCUAUACAUUAUGAACUUAGUGGAGGCCUUAUGGGAAAUCUGGUGGCAUCUCGUUAAAUGGGAUUCAUGUUUCUCUUGGUUCAGAGCUUUGAACUAGAGUACUCUGAGAAUUUGAUAUUUGGCUUCAUGUCUUUGAUGCAUUAAGUUCUGUGACAUUUUCAACUGUGCUCUAUUUCAUGUAAGUUUAAGCAACAAAAAAUAUGUAGUUGCCGUAGACGUUCCAUGUUUCGUUUGGAAUUAUCGCUUAAGGUUUUUCUGGUCCCUUCCGAUGCUAUUGAGUUGUCAGUUUGUGGAUUGUAUACGGGGAAUGUUAUAAGUUUUCAGCCUCAUUAUAAAAUCAUCCAAAUUCUUAUA